CGUUAGCCGAGUAUUGAGCUUCCAGCUGACCUACUUUCUGCGCUCUCGGUCCUGUUUACGAGCCGCGGUAGGUUGUAGAGUCCAGCAGCCGGAGAAGACACGGACACAGCCUGCCGCCACUCGGGACUGCUUACGGGGACGUUUUCAGCGCGUCUUGUCUGCAAAUAAAGGAGCGUCAGAGCCGCAGUUAUCGAACGGCGCCUUAUCAACUUCUGCCUUGUUAUGCAACGUGAGCGCUGCACGCGCUCGCGCUCGUGCCGCCGGCUGUUGUCAGUGGUUACGUUGUAGAUUAAAAAAAAAAAAAUGACCGGACUGAUUAAAGUUAGGUGCGGAUAUUUGUUUCUCCCGAAGACCCGCUUUCAAGGUACCUGAGACGCCUGUUUGUCACGUCAGAGUUCAAGCAGCGGCCUCGGAGGUGUUCGACCGCCCGGAUUUGUCUUUUCCUUGGUGGACUCCAAGAAGAGGCAGGACUUGGGUUGGUGAUAGCCUGUUCUAAAAGAGUGUCUGGACACUGUUAGUGCGGAUGGGAAAUUCAAGACUUCAGAAAGGGCCCGGUUGGGAAAGGGAGUAAGUAUGGACAACCUUCCUGACUUCAGUGGCCCCUGCCUGUCCAACCGCAGGGAAUGGGACACCAGUAGCUGUGCUGAAGAUUUAAUUGAUGAAGAUGAGAAGGACAGAGCAAAAAGCACCAGCAGCUGUGUGGAAGAUUUAAUUGACGAAGAUGAGAAGGACCGGGCAAAAAGGGCAUCCCGUAACAAAUCAGAAAAGAAAAGAAGAGACCAGUUCAAUGUGCUCGUCAAGGAACUAUGUACUAUGCUGCAGGGUCAAGGCCAUCCACGCAAGAUGGACAAAUCCACCAUACUGCAAAGAACCAUCGACUUCUUGCAAAAACAAAAAGACAUAACUGCGCAAAGUAAAACUUGCGAUGUCAAACAAGACUGGAAGCCUUCGUUCCUCAGUAAUGAAGAGUUCACUCAGCUGAUGCUGGAGGCUCUGGAUGGUUUCCUGGUCGCAUUAACUACAGAUGGAAACAUCAUAUAUGUAUCGGAUAGUGUAUCAUCACUUAUUGGCCAUUUACCGUCAGAUAUGGUGGACCAAAAUAUCAUGAAUUUUCUCCCGGAGCGUGAGCACGGGGAAGUGUUUAAACUACUAUCAUCCCACAUGCUGAUGACCGAUCCCAUUGCUGCUGACUUCCUGAAGCAUGAGGCACAUAUUGAAUUUUGCUGUCAUCUAGCAAGAGGUAAUAUUGACCCAAAAGAGUCACCUAUUUAUGAGUACGUCAAGUUUGUAGGAGGUUUCAAAUUUCAAAACAGUGUGCCUACGUCUUCUUGUAACGGACUUGAAUUGACGUUACCAAGAACCCUGGAGUCAUCAAUAGAAGAGAAGGUCUGCCUCAUAGCUACUGUACGAUUAGUCACACCACAGUUUUUAAAGGAUUUGUGUAAUGUGGAAGAUCCUUCUGAUGAAUUCACAUCCAGACACAGCCUUGAAUGGAAGUUCCUGUCUUUAGAUCACAGAGCUUCACCAAUCAUUGGUUAUUUGCCGUUUGAGGUGCUUGGAACUUCUGGCUAUGAUUACUAUCACGUGGAUGACUUGGAGCUUAUAGCUCAGUGUCACAAACAGUUAAUGCAGUGUGGGAAAGGUAAAUCCUGCUAUUAUCGCUUUUUAACCAAAGGUCAGCAGUGGAUUUGGCUGCAGACUCACUACUACAUCACGUACCACCAGUGGAACUCCAAACCUGAGUUUAUUGUCUGUACUCACACUGUUGUCAGUUAUGCUGAUGUGCGAGAUGAGAGGCGGAGAGCAUUUGGAAUUGAGGAGCUGUCGCUACCGGAGAUAGCUCCUUCCUCAGUGAAAGCUCAGGAGCUGUACUUGGACAUCUGUUCCACACUGGACCCUCUACGGGACCGAAACAGCGGCGCACGUUCGGUGUCCUCCCACAGCUCCAGGAAGUCAUCCCACACAGCUCUGUCAGACUCGGCAUCAGCGAACUCUUACACAGAAGCCUGCACACCGUCAUGGCAGUUGGCAUCCAUUGGGACAGAGCUCCAGCCGAGCAGUUCAAAGAAAUCGGCACAAAAGCAAAAUUCAUUUGACCUGGUUCCCCAGCUGAGUCUCCCUCUUUCUCCUACCUGCAGCAAACACUCCGUAAUGCAGCAGCACUCGAGCGUGUAUCAGCUGCAGCAGCCUCAGCUGGGCGUAAUGACCCAGCUCAAGGAGCAGCUGGAGGAGAGGACGCGCAUUUUGCAAGCUGACAUUAAAACGCAGCAGCAGGAGCUGCACGACAUCAAGGAGAAGCUUCAGCUCGCUAAUCUCCAGAUGUUGUUACAGCAGCCCGUCCACAAUGACUUUGGCUCAGCCCAGCAGCAGGGCCCAGGCAGGCUGAACCAGCAGAGCCAGUCAGGGGUGAUCAGGCAGCUCUCUGGUCACCUGAAACCAUCUCCCUGUGGCCCCCACAGUCCCUCUGCUCGCUCACUCCUGAGUGAGAACAGCUCACCCCCAGCACAGGUCCAGCAGAGACUCGUACGCAGUGGGCAGCCUCAGUCAGUGAGUCUGCCAGUGCAGACCAACACGAGUCUGACGCUGCCCUUCUACAGCAACCCCAUGAUGUUCUCCCAGACCAACAUGAGGCCCAUGCAGGAAUCAAACCAAAGACGUGCAGACAAUGAGUUCAGUCAAGAUGGACAACUACGCAGCAUGCUGCUCAACCAGCCAAUACAGACACUGGUUCCUACCAGCAGUGUGACCACACAGCCUUCCCAGUGCAACGUGGGAAUCUCCCAAACCAUAUACACGUUGGAGCAGCAGAUCAUCGCCCCUUCAUUCUCCAUGCAGCAGGUUAACUGCAAUGCCGUCCUUGUGCCGCCUCCCGUCUUCACUUCUACCAUUAUGAUCCCCCACAACACUUUCAUCACACAUCAGUCACAGUCAGCGUUCCACGCUCAGCCUCAGGCCUCCCAGCACUCCCUGCAGCUGCAGCAGCCUCAGCAGUUCUUUCAGAUGACUCAAGGACUUGUCCACAGUGGAUCUGCUCCAGCAUUUUUACACACCACUAACGUGCCACAGCAAAGCACUGUGGGAUACAUCCAGCAACAGCAGACUCAGACGCAACAGCAGCAAAGGCCUUAUCAAGUUUCACAAAACCAGACGGGCAGCAUUUCAGACUUCAGGAACAUGUUGACUCGAUAGCGCUGUGGAUGCCGUUGCUGGACAUCGUGUUUAACCUGAAUUUCGAAGAGUACUGGUGGUAACAUUUGAUGAGAAACUGCUCAUCCUGAUGAAGCUGCUCCACCCAAUUCACCCCACUCAUUGGAGAACUGCAGGAAUCAUAGAAUUGUGAGGUGUUGUGCAGCAUCACAGGCCUCCACAUGACACGAGCUUUACAUGUAGAAGAAGACACACAAAGCCUGACAACGAUGGCUUUGUGUGUCUGUUUGAACUUUGGUAACUCCACCCACCCAGAAGUAGAAUAUCUUUAUAUUUUUCUAUAAAUUUUCAUGUUUCCAUACAAACACCAGAGAGUUGUUCAACAACAAGUCAGACUUGAAUUCAGGCUAACGUCAGUUGUUUUCCAGUUUCACAAAGCAGAUUAUAUAUGGAACACAUCUCUUCGCUCUGAUUAUCUGACCAGUUUCAGACCUUUUAAUUUAUUCAUUACUAUUAAAAUAUUAGAAAUAAUCAUGAAAUUUAUUGUUGGCUACACUCUUCAAUGACAAAAUAAAUGAUCACCAGAUCUAGGCUUCAGAAAUAAAAUUGACAAGGAAGGCAUUUCAAGCUACAAUAACUUCCAAACCACAUAUAUGUUGAGAGAGAGAGGGAGGUGUCUUCUUCACUACAUUACGUACAAGAUGAUCAUGCAGAUGCUUGCAGUGUCUCGUUGCCCCCUGCUAAUUUUUCAGCUUCCCCUGAUGUUAUUGACAUCAGCGGUCUGGAUACAUUGUUAGCUAUACAAGAACAGAAAUCUAUACAGAAACUUUGUU